AUGGAAAUGGGUCAGACGGCAGUGACCACAAUAACUGCAAUGUACGGCGUGGCGAUGCUUUCUGCCGUAGUAGGAAACUGUCUCCUGAUCUACAUCGUGUGGAGAAAACCCGAAGUACGAUCACUAACCAGCUCCAUGUUCGUCAACAUGGCCGUAGCUGAUUUAUUAGUGGCGUUUUUCAUGAUGCCUUUUUCCAUUGUUCAUCUUCACACAAAUAGUCAGUGGAAGAUAUCUGAAUUACCUGCCGACUUAACUUGCAGGAGCUUCAUGCUGAUUUCUUACACCACUCCAAUGGCUUCUAUCCUCUGUCUAGUAUUCAUGGCGAUUCACCCAGACGUUUUAGGAAACCAGACCCAAACUUUUCGUAUCGUUUUCCUGUACAUUUUUGUUGUCACCUAUCUAAUUCCACUGGGAGUUAUUUCACCACUGUACAUCAAAAUUGCCCGUAAAAUAUGGUCCAACUAUGUACCUGGCAAUUCGUCGAUUGUAGAGCAUCAGCGCCGCAAGAGAGAAGACAGUAAAAGGAAACUAAUCCGAAUGCUUAUAAUAAUCGUUGUGGUGUUUGCUCUUUCCUGGCUUCCCGCGCAAGUAAUACACCUAAUCUGGGCAAUAGAGACAUUUUAUUUCCAGCCUCCAAUAAUUGCCAUGUAUCUGGGAUUUUGGUUGGCCCAUGCAAACAGCGCUAUCAACCCGUGGCUGUAUAUAGCCUUAAGUAGCAGAAUCAGAUUGGCAUUUACCGGGAUGUUACGAGUCCGAAACUCC